AUGGGCGAAAAGGUGCAUGUGCUGCCACAAACUGUGCUCUACAUAGCAGAUGCAGAAACCUUCAGUGGACAUGAGGAAUGCCAUGAACAAAAGAAAGCAAGAAAAAGAAACAGUAAAGAAACAGCGACUGAGCUGGAAAAAUUGUUGCCAAAGCGAUGCCAAGUUCUUGGACUCGUCACCCCAGGGAUUGUAGUUACCCCUAUGGGUUCAAGCAGCAAUCAACCUCAAGAAAUUGAAGAAGGUGAAGCUGGCUUUGCUCUUUUGUUCCCCAAAAUUGAUGGGGUGAAAAUCCAAACUUUCCAUUUUUUUAAAGACGUAAAGAACAGAGUCUUCGAUGAAAACAAAUUUGCGGAAGCAGGUCUGAAAAAUAAUCCAGACCUGCGUGUGGUUCUUCUGUUUGGCUAUAAUUCCUGGAAGUCUGGAGCUACUCGUUUUCUGCAUCAAAUAGUCAAUCCUUUGAAUGAAAAAAGUAUCAUCCUGGCUGGGGGACAAGUGGAGGGCUUUACAUCACUGACCUCUGAAAAUAAUAACGCGCAGCCCAGCGAUGCCUGCGGGGUGGUCGGCCUGGCCUUCAGCGGUCCCCAGAUCCAGAGCGCGACCGUUUUGUUAGACCAGGACGUAACUGAUGAGAGGACAGCAGAAGCCGCCAUGCAGCGCCUCAAAGCAGCCAACAUCCCCGAGCAUAACACCGUUGGCUUCAUGUUUGCCUGCGUUGGCAGAGGAUAUCGGCAUUACAAAACCAAAAGGAAUAUGGAAGCAGAUGCAUUUAGGAAGUUUUUUCCAAAUGUUCCGCUCUUUGGCUUUUUUGGACAUGGAGAAAUAGGAUGUGAUCGAAUAGUUACCGGGAAUUUCGUACUGAGAGAAUGUAAUGACAUAAAGGAGGACCUGCUUCAUGGUUAUACUACAGUUAUGACUGUUAUUCAUCUUGGUUCAACUAAAGCAAACAAAGUGUAAUGUUUUUAAUGCACCAGUGAGCUGUUUGCUUUCAUUACAGAAAACAGAAAAGUCUGGAAGAGUGGAUAUCUUGCCGCGAAAGCACCUUCCAAAACGUAAUUUUCUUAACAUUAUCAAAUCUUGUAGUCUGCGUAGCAUUUAUUAUGGUAGCUGUGGGGAAGCUUUGCAUUUUGCAUGAUCCUGUAUGCACAUCAGCAAUGCAGG